UGAAUUAAGAAAUAUCUUGAAAACAAACACCUACCGCCAGACGUCACUAAUCUGCUUUUGGAUGAUGGCAGAACACGGCGGAGACGGCGACAACGAAGUUGAAGAUAAGGGUUCCGGUAACAUCAACAUCAAAGUUUCUUUUGGUUCAAACAGUUUCGACGUCUUUACCACCCCUCAAUCCACCUUCGGUGAUUUGAAAGGGGUGAUUGCAAAAGAAACUGGUUUAGAUCCAACUGCGCUAAACGUGUUGUUCAGAGGAAAAGAGAACGAUGAUCAUGAAAGUCUGGAAAUGGCGGGUGUGAAGGACAAUUCAAAGGUUACGUUAAUUGAGAAUACAUCUACCGAAAAUGACGAUCUUGAAAAGGUUGAAGAAAUUAAGGAAAACAUCGAGGAGGUAUCAAGAGGGCUUGAGGCUGUUAAUCGAGUAAGAGAGGAGAAUAAUCAGUUUGAAGAACAGGUGGUUAGUUUAGAGACUGUCGUCUGUUCGGGGACUCAAGUGGCAGAUAAAGAUUUUAUAUUUUUAACGGAGAUGCUGAUGAGGCAGUUGCUGAAAUUGGACGGAAUUGAUGCUGAAGGAGAAGGGAGAAUACAAAGAAGAUUGGAGGUACGUCGCGUUCAGGGCCUUGUUGAAAAGUUGGAUGAUCUUAGGGCAAAGAACUCUAAUCCUACUAGCAGUGUCCCCGAUGAACCUUCUUUGCCGCCUUCUUCUUCAAAGGUGGAUCAAGAAUGUGAAGUAUCUUAAUAAUCAUACAUCCAGUUUUCUUCAUAUUAUUAUUAUUCUUUUAUCUGGUUUGUGAGAAAAAUAUAAAUAUGAAUGUGGUUCUCACGAUUUACAGAUGUAAUGAUUAUUCGGUCAAACGCUAGGCGGGCUAGCAACAGUUUUUGGAGAUCACGAGUAUGUGGGUGCUUGAAUACUCGUAUAUGGGUUAAAGACUUGUACACAUUCUGUUCUGGUUGAACCAAAUUAAGGAGGUGUUUGGAUGUGGAUUAAGAAUUAAUUAGUGUGUUCAUAAGUCUUUGUUAAUGUCAAACAGCAUAAACUGAAGCGAAUUGGUCGAUUCAACAGGUUUGGCCAACGGGUUGUGGAUUGAAAAACCAAACUUAACGGUAUGCUCAGGGUUUAUGUCGCGGAAUGGUCUUACAAGCUGAUCUUGAUGAAUCA